AUGGCCUCGCCGAGCAUCGCCGCGGAUCCGCAAGACGGGCCCUAUGCGCUGCAGCCGUGGGUAGAUUCGGUGCCGCUGUCGGCCGACGGCUCUCAGGACGGCAUUAAGAUCAACUGCGUCGAGUAUUUCGAUGGCAAUCUUUACGUUGGCACAUCCGCCGCCGAGCUUCUACACUUUGUCAGCAUUCCUCCAGAUCCCUCCGACAAGUCCGGCCGGCCAGUCUUUAUUCCAGCCUCGAGGCUCUCGCCUGCCUUUGCCGAAAACACCACUUCACGAUCUGGCGUCCAGCAAAUCCUGCUAUUGCCUCGCGUGGGCAAGGCGUGCAUAUUAUGCAAUGGGACUGUCACUUUUUACUCUCUCCCGGAGCUGAGCCCGGUGUUUGGGUCUAAGCAGGUCAAGAACUGUGCCUGGAUCGGCGGCGUCGACUUAAACGAGGACGGCCAGGGUGACGUUGUUGCGAACACGGGCGAGACGGUGACAGUUCUCCUUUCUCUCAAUAGGCGGAUACAAGUCGUGAGAAUCGACGAAGAAGUGCGCGCUGUCAGGAACAUCGAGUUUGCUGGCACCACUCUUUCCGUACGGCGAGACUCCAUAGCAUGUGUGGCCGAUUCGAAGACGUAUGCCCUUAUCGAUGUCAAUCGACAACUCAAGAUUCCUCUUAUGAACAUAUCAUCAUUGGACGAGAAUCCUGCAUCUUCCGAGUUUGGACAUGUUUUGAACAUUGCCAAGGAUCCAAAUGUUGGACGAAGUGCCUCUUCGAACCAGACCCGGCCGCCGAGCAGCUCGCAGACGCAUAGUCGAAGUGCCAGCUUGGGAAACACCGCUACGGCCGCGGACUCGCUGAAGCCCGACGCGCCAGGCACAAGCCCGCGGCUUCCCAUCUCACAACCGCUCUCUCACCCAGGACAGCCGUCGAGCCCUCAGCCCCCUGAGCACAGUUCGACUCCGCCGCCUGCUGAUAAACCCCUACCGGCGCCCCCUCCAUCCUCUAGCCCAGCACCACGGCCUGUAAUCGCUCUCCUGAAGCCACACAUUACCUCGCCGACGCCUGAAGAGUUCCUCCUGGUUAUGGGCACUACUCCAUCAGAUCCCGGCGUUGGCAUGUUCAUAAACCUGGAUGGCGACCCCACACGACCAACAAUCACGUUUGAUAUAUACCCCGAGCAAGUCGUAAUCGACAGCAGCUCAUCGGACGAUGCUGCCUCUGCUGAAGAUGAGGACGGGUUCGUAUUUGCCUCCAUGACAAAGGAUAUCGACGGCGUCCCUCAUAGUGGAGUAGAAAUCCAACGAUGGAGUGCCGGUAGUGAAGCACACCCCCAAAAACAGUGGCUGGAAGCCAGUGAUGCAGACCUUGAGGGGAAAUACGGGAUUCGUACCGUUGCAAGCAGGCAUGAGACCCAAUCUGAGGACAUUGUCGACAAACUGAGUCUGAAGAAAUACACCCCAUUUCCGAGCUCGACUGAAUCUGCCCCGACGACAUCCACUCUUAAGCCCUCGGAUUCUAGGACUGCCCUCUCGAUAGAACGGCUGGCGAAGGAGCGAGAGCUUUUUGAACGAGACGUUGACUCACAAGAUGGAGAAUCGCUUCCGGAAGGGUGGGAGGCGGCACGGACCGUGGAGGGAGAAGAAUUUGCCCGCCGGCUUUCGAAGUCCCGGACACGCAUUGCUGUAUGGCGUGGCAAUCGCAUAUGGUGGGCCGUCCGGAACCCCCUGAUUGUUCAGCUCGACAAACGGCUAGAGGCUGCCCGUUUGUUACAGCACAGCGAGGGGAAGGAGAUUGAUAAGCGUGCCAUUAUCAUGGUUUUGACGAGCAUUCGCGACCGUGAGCCAAAGACAGAACUCGAAUUUACCACAUUCGGCUACAUACAACAAAAGGCGGGAGUCAUUCUGUUGAUCAAUCUGCUGCUUUCCUCACCGAACAGAGAAGUAUCGGAUGAGGAGCUCACCGCUUUACAAGAGGUCCUGGUGGAUAGCAAACUCGACCCGCGUGUUGUUCUGUCUCUUAUUCCAGGAGUCCGAAAUGAGAUCAUAGAGGGCCGUAGAGGCAUAUGGAUCUAUGGCGGUGUAAAAGAGUCACCAGAAGCGUUUUUGACGAGUUCGGAAUUCCAAGAACUAUCUCAAGGAGGCAUAAGGGGUCUUCCGCUCAAGACCCUGCAUUUCCUCCGGCGCUACCUGCAGGCUUGGAGGAAAAUGAAGGGCUUUGGAAGUGUGUCAGUAGAGGCUGAAGUCUUCCGAACCGUUGAUGCGGCAUUGCUGCUAGUCCUGCUGGAGCUCGACAGGCAUUCCCCCAAGGGCUUGGGAAAGGGAGGUGCUGUCAGGGCAGAGCUGGGUGCUCUGGUAGACGGCGGCAUGGAUUGCUUCGACCGGGCUGUUUCUCUCCUGGAGUUGUACCACAGGUUCUUCGCUUUGAGCAGACUAUAUCAAAGUCGCAAGAUGUCUGCUGACGUAUUGGCAACCUGGAAGCGCGUCCUCGAAGGGGAGGAAGACGACGCUCAAGAGCUGAUGGACGGUGAGCAGAGGGUGCGGGAAUAUCUCAGCAAACUGAGCAACCAAGCGCUUGUCCAGGAGUACGGUCUAUGGCUGGCCAACAGAAACCCGAAGCUCGGUGUCCAAGUGUUUGCGGACGACAAGGGCAAAUCGCCCAAGUUUGAGCCCACCAGAGCGGUCGAGCUGCUGCGUGCCGAGGCUCCGGGGGCGGUCAAGUACUACCUGGAACAUCUCGUGUUUGACAAGGGCUACGAGGCCUAUGUCAACGAGCUCAUCUCGUACUACUUGGAGAUUGUCAUUGACGACUUGAAGUCGCCUGAGAGCCAGGAGACGGUCAAGGCCGCGUAUGCCGCCUACAGGGCGCUGCAAAGCCCCAAGCCGACGUACAGGCACUUCUUGACGGAGAAUGCUCCCGAGGACGACGAGGUCUGGCAGAGCCGGCUCCGGCUGCUGCAACUCCUGGGCGGCCCUCACGAAUACGACAUUGCCGCGAUAAGGCAGCGCAUGGACAAACUGUCGGGCGAUCUGCUCGUUCCCGAGACCAUCAUCAUCGCCGGGCGAGAGCGCAAGCACGAAGACGCGCUGCGUCUGCUGGUCCACGACCUCGGCGACUACGACACCGCCGUCUCGUACUGCCUCCGCGGCGGCGCAACCAUCUACUCCCCCAUCAACGGCCGGCGCGACAGCAUCCCGCAGGUCGAGCAGCAGCGCCGCCUCUUCCAGGUGGUGCUCAGGGAGUUCCUCGCCAUCAAGGACGUCAGCGACCGGGUCGAGCAGACGAGCGCCCUGCUCGACCGCUUCGGCGGGUGGUUCGACAUCGACGACGUCCUGGCCCUCAUCCCGGACCGGUGGUCGGUCGACAUCGUGGCCGGCUUCCUCGUCGGUGCCCUGCGGAGGCUCGUGCAGGAGAAGAACGAGGCGAUGAUGGUGAGGGCGCUGAGGGGCACGGAGAACUUGAGGGUGAGCUACGACUUGGUUGUCAAGGUCGGGGAGAAGGGGGCUACUACUACUGUUGAGGAGGCGCCGAGCCCGAGCCAGGAGGUGCCCUCGCCGGGGCAGGAGUAG